AUGGAGGAUCAGCGAACAGAGGAGUUUGAAUGCGUCGCCGCUAUCUUUCCUGAAAUCGAAUUCGACUCCAGUAACAAGUUUCGCGCAUCCAUCGAACUAUCUGUUAAGCCCGGAAACCCGGUCACUGUCUCGUUUCCCACUGCAUCCGAUGGUGUGCUAAACUUUCCUACCCCGCCAUUGUCUGCCAGUUCUGAUAACGCGGAGGGCAAUGCAACCAAUAAUCCCUUAGCUAAUAAUACCGAAUCGCACGAAAUCACGUAUCUACCGUCACUACAACUGCACAUUACUUUACCAGAAGGUUAUCCGGAAAUCGAACCUCCCAAGUUUGAGCUGUCCACAACACCCGCAUGGCUUCCUCGAACCCGCCUUGAUGAGCUCGAGGCCGAUGGAGUUCGCAUGUGGGAAGAAAUGGGUCACGAUUUAGUGGUGUUCGCAUACAUCGAUUCGCUACAACAAGGAGCUGAGAAUGCCUUUGGUUAUGGCGAGGAGGACAAAAUGUUAGAGAUUUCACAAGAUGAUAAGAUCGCUUUGCUCGAUUUCGACAUCAAAUCUAUACAAGAAGCAUUCGACAAGGGAACUUACGAUUGCGGUAUCUGUCUAGAUCCAAAAAAGGGUUCCGCUUGCCACAAGAUGAUCGAUUGCGGGCACGUCUUUUGCAUCGAAUGUCUACAGGAUUUCUAUAACAAUGCGAUUAAAGAGGGUGACUUAAUAUCAGUCCGAUGCUUGGCCCCGAAUUGCGCAAAAGAACGAGCCGAAAAAUCCACCAAAAAAUCUCGAAAGUCAAAAACUCAAUUGAGUCCCAGCGAACUUCUUCAAAUACCUCUUGAACAUGAUGUUGUAACACGAUUUGUCAAACUCAAGCAUAAAGCUCAACUGGAAUCUGAUAAAAACACUGUUUACUGCCCACGAGCUUGGUGUAACGGAGCCGCUAGAUCAAAGAAAUAUCGCAAACCAGAAGGUCUUGAGGAUGAUGAAAGUUCAGAUGAUGAAUCUGAAACGGAGAUGAAAGGAAAGGGAAAGGGAUUUGUUGCAGGAGCGGACCUUAUCGCAAUCUGCGAAGACUGUUCUUAUGCUUUCUGCAGUCGAUGUUUACAGGGAUGGCAUGGGGAAUUCAAAGCUUGCACUCCAAAGAGAGAGAAAGAAGAGCUUUCUGAAGAAGAAAAGGCGUCGCUGGAAUACAUGCAGCUUCAUACCACACCUUGCCCUACAUGUGCCGCCCCGGUUCAGAAAACACACGGGUGUAACCACAUGAUCUGUUUCAGAUGCAAUUCCCAUUUCUGUUAUCUUUGCUCUGCUUGGCUGGAACCAGCAAAUCCUUACAAGCAUUUCAAUCAAGAAACUACGGGCUGCUAUCAACGACUUUGGGAACUCGAAGCGGGUGAUGGGGACGAUGUGGGGCGCGGUUUUGGUGGUGGAGUACAGGAAGCAAUCAUUGAGGUCCCUCAGGAGGAGAUAGAAGAACCUGAGGUGGAGGAACCAGAGCAGGAAGUUCGGGGGCCUGGCGAAGAAAUUGAGCAAGGUGAACGACAGGAGGUAGAACGACAAGCCCCUCUCGUCUUGCGUCUAAAUCAGCCUCGUCAAGUUGCACAACCUGCCCCCGCAGUCCCUGAUGCUCCGCAGGCACGUCGUGGGCAACACAAUCGAGGAAAUCGACAGAAUCAGGCUCGUGGUAAUGGGGCUCCUCGUGGUCGUGCUGGUGGUAUGAAUAGACCAGAAAUUCCACGGCAAGGGGCUGGCAGAGGUCGAGGUCGGGGUCGGGGUCGAGAUGACAUGAUUGCCGAUGUCCAAGAUCAGGAUCAGCAUGCAGCAAAUCAGGCUUGGGUCCAGAGAUUUGUACGCAUGGCAUUAAAUGACGAAGAAGAUCAGUUGGAGUGGGAUGAUGACGAAGAAAACCAUGCCGCCUGGGAAAUACCAGUUCGGUAA